AUGCCGCUGAAAGGCAUUGCCUCGCCUGGUAUACCCUACGGCAGCUUAGUCGUCGUCUCUGGCGUCAACGGCUUCAUUGGCUCCCACGUUGCGGACCAGGCCCUGUCUGCCGGCUAUAAGGUUCGCGGCACAACGCGCAGCAUCUACCGAAAUGCAUGGUUGGAAGAUUAUUUCAAGAACAAGUAUGGCUCAGAGGUGUUCGAGCUGGUCGAAGUCUCUGAUAUGACUAUUGAUGGAGCUUUUGAUUCCGCCCUGACAGGUGCAUCUGGAUUUAUGCAUGUUGCGAGCGAUAUGAGCAACUCAACCGACCCAGAUGUUGUCAUUGGCAAUGCUGUCAAGGGCGUGCUCCAUGCACUGCGAGCGGCGAAGAAGGAGGGUGUGGGGAUGAAGAGGUUUGUGUAUACUUCUUCCUCGACGGCUGCUACUCUGCCGAAGCCAGGAGAGAAUUUCAGUGUUACUACUGAGUCAUGGAAUGAUGAGGCUAUCGAGAUGGCUUGGAAAGCGGAGACUCGCGAGAAGGAUGCUUUUAUCGUAUAUGCUGCUAGCAAAGCAGAGUCGGAAAAAGCGGUCUGGAAGUGGGCGAGAGAGAAUGAACAUGAGUUCGUGAUAAACACAGUCCUCCCUAAUGCGAACAUCGGCGCGAUCCUCAGUCCAGAAAACCAAGGGUACCCGUCGACGGCUCGUUGGACAAAGGCUGUCUUGGAUAAUGAUUACGAAUCGAUCAAGCACAUUCCGCCCCAGUAUUAUGUGAACGUACAGGACACGGCUCGGCUUCACGUCAUAGCGUUAGCGAAUCCAUUCGUAAAAGAUGAGCGUGUGUUUGCAUUUGCUAGACCUUUUACCUUCAACGAUAUCGUUGAGGUUUUAAGAAAGCAGUAUCCUAAUAACAAGUGGGACGACGUGCCAGACCAAAGGCAAGACCUAUCGGAAAUCCACCCGAUCAAGAGGGCUGAAGAGCUGUUGGAGGCCGCCUACGGGUUUUGCUUUACAGGACUGGAGCAGAGCGUCAAGGACAAUGUGGUCGGAUCAAGAGUUUGA